AUGGACCAGAUUCGCAGAUUUGCACGCGUGGCUAUUGCGAAUGGCAUUGAUGUACAUUCUCACGUCAUUGUGGAAACCAGCCGUCUAGGUGGAUACGGCUUGGUGGCUCAAAGCGCCAUACAAGAAGAUACUGUGGUACUACGCAUUCCACAGAAAUGUACCUUAGACUUGUCUACUUUGCUCGAGCUCGCAAAUGCCAUGAAAAAUACUGACACCACGGGCAAGGUUGCAAAAGUCAUCAACACAACAUUGACCAUUGGGUCAAGUUUCACAGAGACCGCUGUGGUGCGCAACUAUAUAUGGAGCAUGAGGAUUUUGCAGCAGAUGAGAAAGCCGGGGCUGUUGGAAGCGGAUAGAAAAGCCUUCAUUGACCAAUAUUUGGAUAUCUUGGCUACAACCAACAUCUUAGAUGUUGACGAGCACAAUGACUCCUCAGAUAGCCUUGUACAGUCACACAUCAGAGAAAAGCGGAAGGUAGCAGCAGAGUACCAGGAGUUGCUCGAGAAUCUCCCUGAAGUUCAGCCAUUUCUCUCGUUUGAAGAAGCAUUUCAGCUACACAAAGCUGUUAAGUCUCGAGUUUUAGAAAUCCCGCAUGCCAUCGAGAAGUUUGUCAAGCAAGCUGAAGAAGAUGACGAGGACGAAGAGGAAGAAGAAGGUGAGGAUUUCACCACAAACGUCACUUUGGUUCCUAUUCUCGAUUUUGCAAACCAUGCCGAAGAACGAAAUGCAGUGUUCGAUGUGGAUAGAGAAACCAACGACGUGAUUCUCAGACUUGAUAAGGAUGUUGCGGUUGGUGACGAAAUCUGCAUCAGCUACCUGCCAACCAAGGCUUUCGACAUGUUCUUCCGCACUUAUGGAUUUGUGCCUGACUCAACUGGUUUCUUCAAAUGGAAGAUUCCUCAUUUAAGCGAGGUUGUGAGCGAAUACACGGAAGUCAAAGGCGAGAAUUACGAAUAUAUUGCCAAAUGGCUUCACAUUUACCCGUACUUGACUGUGAUUCGGGGGAAAGAUGGGAAGAUUUGGUUGGACUUGAGCGAUUUCAAGUUGCCUCUACUCUUGAUUCGUGGCCUCCACUACAACGCAGAUUGGGCCCUGAAAGUUGACUCAGAUGAGUUAAGCCAUAUGUAUCAAGGCACAAUCGAGGAAAUCGUGGAAGAGAUGCGCAAGCAAGAAGAUCACAGUGACGUGGUUUACGGUCCAGAAACCGUGUAUGGGGUGACAUGGAACGGCCAAGAGGUGAGUAUUUCGAGCCUUAUUGAGCAGGCAUUGGAAGCCAGCGAGGACGCGGUGAAUGAUCUCAUAAAAGCUGCGAUUCCAGUGAUCAGAAGCGCAAUUGCCAAAGGUCUUCAAGAAGAUGAAGCAACGAUUCAUGGCAGCGACAACACGGCAUUAGCGGAUUACUAUGCAUUUAAGAGGGCGCUACUAGAGCGAGUGUCUGAGUUUGAGUUUGACGACUACAUGCAAAUGAUCGAGGGAGUCUACGAUAUAGAAGAGGAGUGA